UGCGGCGGCGGGCGAGCGAUCAGUGCGGCGCCUGCGGCUGUCCAAGGCGCUCACGCUGCCGGACACCACCACAGUGGCGGACGCGUGUCGGCGAAUGGCCAACCGCCGCGUGGACGCGUGCCUGCUCACCGACGCCAGCGCGCUGCUCUGUGGCAUCAUGACGGAUCGGGACCUUGCGUUGAAGUGUGUGGGAGAGGGCCUGGAUGUGAACAGCACACUAGCAUCGGCUGUGAUGACCAAGAACCCCACCUUCGUUACUAUUGACUCCUCUGCUGUGGACGCACUGCAACGCAUGGUGCAGGGGAGGUUUCGCCACCUGCCGGUGAUAGAGGAGGGCGAGGUGGUGGCCCUACUGGACAUAACAAAGUGUCUGUACGACGCCAUUGCCAAGAUGGAGCGCGCUGCAGAGAGGGGCGACGCGCUCGCUGCUGCCAUGGAGGGCGUGGAGAGGCAAUGGGGGGGCAACGCCGCCAUGGGUUUUGUGGAGACGUUUCGGGACAAGGUGUUCCGACCCACACUUGCCACUGUGCUGGCGGAAGAACCCAGGCUAGCUACAGUGCUGAAGACGGAUCUGGUGCGCACAGCAGCGCGGAGGAUGAGGGAGAGCCGAGUGAGCUCUGUGAUUGUCACCAACGGCGUCAACAACCGCCCCUGUGGCAUCCUCACGUCCAAGGACAUUCUCACGCGGGUGCUAGCACUCAACCUGCAUCCAGACACCACGCUCGUUGACAAGGUGAUGACGCCGAACCCAGAGUGUGUGCUGCUGAGCACGCCAGUGGUGGACGCCCUUCACACCAUGCAUGAUGGCAGGUUCCUGCACCUGCCUGUCGUCGACCCAGACGGCAACUGUGUGGCAUGUGUGGACGUGCUUCAGCUCACUCAAGGCGCCAUGUCCUCUGCUGCUGCAGCAUCGGGAUCGGAGAGUGGGGACGCCAUGGGGCAACUCAUGCAGCGGUUUUGGGACUCGGCACUUGCGCUGCCACCUGCUGACACCGAGGAAGACACCGCCAGGUGGGAAUUGGGGCAGGUUGGAUUUGAGGGAGGUCGGACUUGGGGGAGUGUGCGCAGCAGUGACAUGGCAGACCAGGUGCGCCCCUACGUAGUUCAUCGGUGCGCAGCAGUGACAUGGCAGAUCAGUGUACGCAGCAGUGACAUGUCAGACCAGGUGCGCGCCUCAGGCAGCAGGGGGAGAGGUGGCGGCACGUUGGCAGGAGCACCGCUAGCCCCCACUGUUCUCCUCCUCGUCUUCCCCCUCUCCCUCCUCCCUUCUCUCCUCCUCCUUCCCAGUGUGCGCAGCAGUGACAUGUCGGACCAGGUGCGCCCCUCAGGCAGCAGGAGGAGAGGCGGCACACAAGCAGCAGGCGGAGCAGGGGGGGCAGGUGUUCCUGCUGGUGCUGCCGCAGGCGGAGCAGGAGGGGCAGGGGCAGGAAUGGGGGCCGGCAUGGGAGGAGCGUUGGGAGGAGCGAUGGUGGGAGGGCCGGUGGAGGAUCUGUUUUCGUUCAAGCUGGAGGACAGGAGGGGGCGGGUGCACCGGUUCACAGCGGGCAGUGAGAGCAUGACGGAGCUCGUGUGUGCCGUGGCGUCGAGACUGGGGGGCGACUAUGACCCCGACAACCCGCCCUCCAUUCUGUACGCGGACGAGGACAAUGACAUGGUGGUCAUAUCCACUGAUGAGGAUCUGCACGCGGCUGUCAAGUUCGCCAAGGCCACUGGCAUCAAGGGUUUGAAGCUGCAUCUUGAGUUCCACGAUGAUGAGGACCCAGACUCCCAUUCCAUGCAUGGAUCGCAACACGGGUCGCAACACGGGUCGCAACAUGGGUCGCAACGCGGAACGCUUCGCACGCCACAUCACCAGCGCACACCAUCGCAAAUCAACGGCUCUCGUCGCACCAACCUUUCCGCCCCACCUCGCCCGUCCACGCCGCGGAAAUCCACCGGGCCUGCCUCUCCGGCCCGGUCCCGAGCCUUUGGUGCAGGUUCGGAAGAAGGUGCGGCGGCAUCGAGUUGGGACAAUGCAAUGUGGGCAUACACAGUUUCAAUGCUGGCGGUAACAGCGGUGGCAGCUGUGAGUGUGGGUGUGGCUGUGUAUAUGCACCGAAGCAAGCAGUGA